AUGGCGGAGAACGAUGGCGUCAGCUGCCGGUUUGAGGUCCAGGGCCGUAUCUCCUCCAUGACUUACAGCGACGCCAGCAAUGCCUGCCUUGUAAGCACCAUCAUGAACGGAACCCAUAUCUUUAACAUGGACGAUUGUCGUGGCCUCUCCCCACGGUAUGCGGCGCGCCUAGAAAGCUUUCCACACCACAUCGUUGGCGGUGAUCCCAUUAUUUCCUCCUGCUUUUUGUCGUCUGACUCAUGCCUGGCCGUUGGGUCAUCCGUGGGAGGCAUUGUCGUCGUCUCACGCCAGUCCCGAUCGGUGGUGAGGUGCUACACCUUUCAGGAUGAGGCGCCUGUGCUAUCACUAAAGGAGGUGCCGCAGGAGCCCUCCCUCUUGCUGAGCGCAUCACCAGUGGGCGUGCAGGUAAUAGACGUGGAACGGGCCGCGGUGCGGUUGAGCCUCACCAUUCCAAAACCUCGCGUGGUUGGGGCUGUGGCGGCCACUAGAAACACUUUGGCUGUGGCUAAUUAUGAUGGCAAAGUUCUGUUGUACGACGUGCGCUGCGGGAGUGACCCGCUGACGGUGCUUGCAGUACCGGACCAAGUUACUAGCAUUGCGAUGUCGCCGGACUCUUCUGCCGUGGUUGCAGGGACGGUGGGAGGUCGGGUGUUUGUCAUGCGCUGUCUAAUGAGCAACGUGCGGGAGGAGGCGUUUGGCACAGGCAAGACACGCUUCCCCAUCCGCUGUGUCGCAAUGCACCAUGGCCGCAUCGCCGCCGGUGAUAUUUCUGCUAAAAUCACACUCCUCGACUCUGGAGAACGCCCGGCCCCAACGACGUACUGGACGGCACAGUCACUUCUACCACAUCUCGCGGCUGCCGCCCCUGCGAUAACCGCGUCAUGGUCUGCCUCCGCCGUGUUGCUCCGUAAAGAUUCUUUGUGGGGGGGCAUUGACGUCGCCAGAAAGUGCGGCAUCUCAUGUGGUGAUGCUGUCGCUGUGACUUCUCACGGCGGGAGUGCUGCGAAACACGGUGAGACGCCCUCCGAUCUUUUCUUACACGUUUAUAUCUUUUUUUUUCGGUGUGUGUUUUUAUGGACUAUUUGUUGUUAUUUUCCUUUGUGUGUGCGUGUGCGUGUGUGUGUGUGGCUUGAACGCCACUCCACUCCACGCCAGGGAGUUUUGCGCGUAUGCAUACACCCACAGCUCGCACCUCCGUGUCGUGUGGAGCUACAGAUAGAAGCACGGAACGGAAGCGGCGAAGACGUUCAUUUGGUCUUUACCCGCUCCAUCCCUCUCUUCCCUUCUCACUACAUAUUCGGUUAG